AUGAAUAACAACUAUUCAAAAUAUCUGUUGAUUUAUACAUCAGUUUUAAUACUCAUCAGUACAUCAACACCGGUACAAGGGCAGGAUACUACAACCGAAUCCAUUCCUAUGUCAACAUCGAUAGAAGCACAGACUAGUGCACCCGAAUUCACCAUGUCAACACCGAUAGAAGAACAGACUAGUACAUCCGAAUUUACUCCUAUGUCAACACCGAUAGAAGAACAGACUAGUACAUCCGAAUUUACUCCUAUGUCAACACCGAUAGAAGAACAGACUAGUACAUCCGAAUUCACUCCUAUGUCAACAUCGAUACAAGAACAGGCUAAUGUAUCCGAAUUCACUUCUACGUCAACACCGAUACAAAGCACAUUAUUGACUACAUAUAAUGACACAUGGAACGGUACUACAAUUGUUAUUGAAACAACAAUUGCUGAAACAACAUCUAUUAUCAUACCGACAACAACAUCUAUUAUCAUGCCGACAACUACGAUAUUCUGUUAUCCAUUUGUAAAUUCAAAAGGGUGCAUCAACGCUGACACAAAUGGUGGCGUUCUUGUAACAUCCAUUAUUCUUGGUGGAUUAAGUCUUAUUGGUGCGAUUGUAUCUUCUUAUAUGGUAGUUAUCCGGAAAACGAGACGUUUUAGGCCUCCAGCACAAAAUCCAUCACAGCAUCCAAUGAAAAUCACAAACCUGUCAGAACGACAGUAUAGAGUACCAUCACAAAUUGGGAAAAUUCAUAAAAGGUUACGUCAACGUUCGAUUCCAGAUACAUUAAAAAGGAUCGAUUUUAAUCAUGACUCAAAUAAAUAA